UCAAAAUCAUCGGGGAUCCAUUUGGUAAGUGCUCACGCCCUUAGAUUUGCAGAUCCAGAGAAAACAGGAACACCAAAAUGUCGCGUGACAACAUUAUCCUUUUCCCGUUCCAUGGGAAGCUCGUUAUCUUGCUCUCCUGGGGCUCUGGCAUCGCCUUUAUCCUUGCCUGUUUAGUGGCUUGGAAUUUGCACUACAAUGGUACCUGGAACAUGGAGAGGACCAGUGGACAGCAGUUUUCAGUGUUACGGCUUCCCCUGAUCCAUCUUCGGAAGCAUCCUGAGAGGCCUUCUCAAGGGAGAAUAGAGGGCUUCAUCAUGGGCCCGGAGAUGGGUUCGCGCGAGCUCUAACCCUGCCAGUGCGUGGAUUCGCGUAUGAUCGUCCGGAGUCAGCUUUACUAGGUGAAACUAUGCAAGUGGUGAACGAUGGGAACAUACCCAAAACGCAUUAUCGACUGCGAAAACUGAGUGAUAAUCCGGCUGCGGAAAGAAACUUAAGGGUACAAGUGGAAGCGACGGCAGCUUCUGGGACUGUGUCAGUGGACUGGCAAAAAGUGAAAUCAAGGAUGAGAAUGCAUCUUGAAGAUAGUAGAGGCAACAACGACAACAUUGAGUUGGAGGACCAUGACGAGUCUUCAGAGAUUAAGGCUUGAGGAAAUCCAUCUUCCCCCGCAUCUUGAUCCCGUUUUGAAAGGAAAACGGGCACCGCGAAGCUCCUCAACAAGAUGGAUUUUUGCAAGGUCUAAAGAGAUGCACCAAGAACAACAGCCAGGAGUGAAUUCUGCGCAGCUUCCGCCAGGUCCGACUAUGCUUUUUGUACCUGGAAAUCAAGGCAACUGGAAACAGAUGAUGAAUCU